CACACACACACACACACACAGAGCGGGACACACGGACAAGGCAAAGUGCAAGGACAAGAGAGCAAAAGGGGGCGGAGGAGAGGAAGGGAGAGGGAAGGAAGCGUCUUCUCCACCGGGACGCAAUUCCUUGGGAGUCCGUCUGAGCCCAGGGCAAAGGGAUGCUGGGUCGCCAGAGCCGCCGCGGAGACGGGAAGUCCCGCCAGGCCUCGGAGCCCAGCAAAGAGGAACCAGGGCGGACGGGCCAAACCCAGCGGCCGGCUCCGGGGGUGGGUGGUGGCGCUGUGGGGAGCCGCCUGAGCAGCAUCACCAGCAGCUGGGAACCCUCCCGGUGCGGGAAGGUUGGCGGCCAGGAACCCUCCCGCGGGAAGACCGGUUGGAGGGAUGGCUCCUGUUGGCACCCACGUCGAGGGAAGCCACCGCCUUCUCUGCGGGGCUCACCUUUCCUACCCCCCAGGAGACAGGCCAAGAAGCGCCCCAGCCCACGACCGCCCGCAGCAGAGCAGGACUCCCUCCCCGGCGGCCACCGCUGUCAAGGGACGGGCAAGACUUUGUUACCCCACCGCGCGCCACCGCGGAACGCUGCACAGACACCUCCAGACGCCGCUUCCUCCAGGACGCCCGCCCGCCCGCCCGCUCUGCCCACCUAUCCCUGGACGCUGCCGGGUGGACGGGUGGGGACGGCCCUGCUUCCCCACGACUCCCCAGACGCGCCCCGAGGCACUUUCGGAGCACAGUGGAGUGGGAAGGGCGGGGCGGCCCCUCGACGGCGCCCAGGCGAGAGCGGCUCACGGGGCUUCCCGGGCCCUGAUCUCGGGGGACGCCCGUCCGCCUCGUUCCCGGGGGAGGACAGUGACCGCCGGUCUGCGCGGGAAGGGGACUCGGCGGAUGCCCCGUAGGGCUAGCCCAGGACUGGGAGGCUCGGAAGGCGAUGCCGAGGCGGCGGGGCGCGGCGGGGCGGGGCGGGGCGUGGAGGGACAGACCUAGUGUCCGCCCGCCGGGACCCACAGCUGCCUCGCUCCCCACCUCCGCCUCGGUCGCUCCCCGUAGGCUCCAGGCGCCCACAGGAAGCUCCGCCCCGACCCGCCUAUCCAUCCUCCUCUUCGCCUGUCCUCGCCAAUGACCGUGCUCAGAUUGCACGGAAUUCCCGCCCCUCGCCCUUGACGGACGCUCCUGCUGCCCAAUGGACGACACCCUGUCGCGUGCGCGCUGCUGCGGCCCUGCCGGGCGUGGCGCGGAGCGGCGCUCUCUGGCUCCUAGGCGUUCCCGGGGAGAGAGCCAGGGCGCUGGCCGCAGAGUCGUCGGUGCACACGCAACAGUGCCGCCUUGUGUUUUGGGUGCGGACCUGCGCUUCUCUAAGCGUUCCAUUCCCGAGAAGGGGCGAGAAACGUCCAGAGGUCGUGGCACCUGCCCGCCGCUGCCGGGCGUCGGCCGUGGGCGCAACUGAAGCACCCCGGGAGCGCGGCGCGACAUCCGCGCCCUCCGAGGGCGGCCCGGGUGUCGCUGCGGUUCGCGCGGGAGGGCGCGGCCGUGGGCAUUUCCGCGCUUGCGCGGGUUCCAGUCUCUGCCCCCGCCCCCCCCAUCCCCGGACCGGCUCCUCCCUCUCAUGGCCCCGCAGUAGACGCAGCCCCUCCCUCCCGCGGUGCAGCGCAGCCAGGGCUCUGCUCCAGGAGUCAUCGAGUCCGCGGAGCGUUAUCUCAACGGCCUCACGCGCUGCCCUCCGCUGGGGUGGACCGUACCCUCCGCCUCCCGCCCGGGAGAUCCAUCCCAGCUCUGGGCGGGGGUCCGUGGUUCUUCCCGCUCAUGGCCACGGAACGGUCCACGCUCGCGGAGCCACAGGCUGAGCUUUUCCUGGUGAGGGACAAGGUCCUGGUUUCCCGUGGCUGGUGGCCCUUGCGGAAGAGCCUCCUGGGAGCACGAACUUGCAGGGUUUCCUGUCAUCGGGUUGCCACGCCCAUCUUGAACGCUCGAGUCCACGCAGAAGUGCAGAAGUGGAUGUAUAGCUUUAUUUGUAAUGUUUUCGCUUUCUUCCUCU